AUGGCGUUAGAAUCUCUGGCGACGGAGUCGCUAGAGAGGUCUGCUAGGAUAGAGCCUGUCGGUCAGGGACAGACUCCUCAUGGUACUGCGGGUGCAUCGAACUCUCGGAUUCCAACGGUCCCUUCUCCAGAGUUAUCCACCCCUACAGUAUUCACUAUACCACCAGCUGCACCACCUGCGUACCCGGCACCUCCUCUAGCCGCGCCUACUGCAUACCCGACACCACCACCACCUGUGCCUGCUAUGGCAUAUUCGGCACCUCCUCCAGCCGUGCCUACGACGUAUCCGGCACCUCCUCCCGUACCUCCAGUCCCUCCUACCUAUAUUGACCCUACAGUGCCACCAGUGGUACCUGCCUCGGCUUAUCCAACAGCACCAGGGGUGCCACUACCAGCUUGUAGUACCAGCUCCAGUGGUUCCGUCAGUUCCCGCGGUGAUCCCUGCUCACCCUACUGA